AUGGCUCUAUUCUUGCAAGGCUGUGAGUUUGCUCGGCAAUAUACAUCCUCCCUUUUCCAUGGCAGAUCCCAGCCCUCUAAGAGGGCUCUUAAACUAGGUGUCCUGUCAAACGCUAAGAUAAGUGCUGCUGCCGUUGCGUCUAUGGAUCCCCAAAUGGCGAAGACCGCAACAGAGAAAUACGGCUUCUCAAAGUCCUACCGCUCCUUUCGGGACCUACUGGAUGAUCCGUUGAUCAAUAUUGUCCAUAUAUCCCUACCACCCAACAUAUUUUUUGAGUGGGCUACGAAUGCAUUAACUGCCGGAAAACAUGUUAUCUGUGAAAAGCCGUCUACAGCAAAUGCAGAUGAGGCAAGAACAUUGAUCGAUGACGCAGAGAGGCGGGGCUUGAUCCUCCAAGAUGCCUUUCAUUGGCAAUUCCAUCCGGCCGCUCAUCGGUUCAAGGAGAUUGUAGAUUCAAAGAGAUACGGAAGAAUCAUUCGUACUGAUGCCUGGAUGACAUCUAGCCCUGCUGUGCCCGAUGCAGAUCCAAGAUGGCAGUAUGAUCAAGGCGGUAGGCGUACUAGCACCAAUGCACGUCCAUUUCUGACUCUUUUUUUGCUUAUCAUGAUCCCUUUUAUAGGCGGUUCCUUGAUGGACGGAUCAUAUGCCUUAUCAUUCACUCAAUAUGUGCUCCCGUCUAAACGUCCAAAGAGGAUCCUCUCGGCAGCUGCUCGUCCAUCAAGGGAUGAUAGCCGUGUUGACGCUGCAAUGCAUGCACUAUUGCUCUUUGAAGACGAAAAGGGUAACCCCAUUACCAGCCGGAUUUACACAGACAUGUCUCGCAGCAGACUAGGCGGUAUUCUCCCUCGUGUCUGGGAACUACCAUCGAUCGAGGUGGAGACGGAUGCCGCAAUACUCUAUUUCUACAACGCAAUGAUGCCCCAUAUCUAUCAUUACAUCUCCAUCACUGAUAAGCGGACUGGGAUCACGGAAUACAAGACACAGAGCUCUGGAGGCCCUCUCUGGGAUGAAAGAUGGACUACAGGAGGAAAAGGAGGGAAGAGUCACUGGAGCACAUAUAGAUGGCAACUGGAAGCAUUUCUCGAGAAAGUCAGAGGCAAGGAGCCUAUAUGCUGCAUUUCUAAUGACGAUGCCAUAUACAACACGGAAUGCAUUGAUAAGAUUUACAAAGAGGCUGGAAUGCCCGUUAGAGCGGACCCGGAGGAGAUCCGGACAGGUGAAAGAGGCCAGAUGCCAGGGAAAACUGAGAAGUCCAGCGGAUAG